GCAUGGCGGAAGCUCCAGCGCUUUGCGUGGCCGGCCCGCGCCCUGGCCGACGAAGAACGCUGUUCAUGCUGCUAUGCCUCGCACCCGUAGCGCAAGGGCUCGCCGGCGGCGGCUUCGGCGCGAAGAGCAAGCCCGUGAAGAAGAAGAAGAAAGCGAAGAAACCUCCGGCUGCGCCAGCGGCGAGCGCGCCGCCGCCUCCAGCCGCCGCGCCGCCGCCGCAGGACGAGCUCGGCGCCGUGAUGGCGCUGCUCGGUUCGCGCACGGCCUACGAGGCGCGCGUCGCGGGCCGCGCGGACGAGCUCGUCGGCGCGCUCGGCCGCGGCGUCGACGGCGGCGUCGCGGUGCUCGACGACGUGCUCGGCGCCGACGCCUGCGCCGCGCUGCGCCGCGAGGCCGAGGGCGUGCACGCGGGGAAGAUCGCGGCCGACGCGGGCAACCUCGCCGACGACGUCACGCGGACGCGCGCGGAGCUGCUCGACCCGGAGGACUUUUCGCGCUGCCCGCGCGUCGUCGCGUGCUCGCUGGCGCUGGCGACGGCGCUGUCGAGCGCGCUAGGUGACGCACAUGGCCUCCCUUUAUCGAGCGACUGCGGCUCGAACAUGCUGAGCUGCUACGCGUCGGGCGGCGCGUUCCCGGUGCACGUCGACAACCACGGCGGCGACGACCGGCGCGUCUACGGCGCCAUCUACUACAUGAACCCGGACUACGACGAGGCCGCCGGCGGCCACUUUGUUCCGUGGCGACGGCGCCGCGACGUCGGCGCCGCGCUCGCGCCCGCGGACCUCGAGCCCGCGGACGCGAUCGCGCCCCGCGGCGACCGGCUCGUCGUUUUCGAGGCCGACACGCUCGCGCACAGCGUCCGCGCCUACCGCGACGACGCCUACCGCCGCUACGCGCUGACCGUGUGGAUCCUCGCGGCCGAGGGCGUCGACCCGCGCGACGUCCUCCGGCCCGAGCGGCGGACGCUGUCGCCCACGGACACGCACGCGGGCAUGGCCGACGGGGAAAGGGCGGAGGCCGGUGGUGGGUAAUUGGUGUCUUUUGG